AUGGACGAUGAGGACAGAAUUAAGAGUAUCUACCUUAGCUUGAAAAAUAAAAACAAGAGGGAGUGGGCUGAGAUGAUGCAGCACUUAACGAAAGACCAGAAGAGGAGAUUAAUCUUUUACAUAAGGAAGAAAAAUAAAAAUUCCCUCAACAAAAUCAACAACAUUAAAGUCGAAAAGAGGACUGAAAAGGAUGUCGAUAAGGUUAAGGCCAAAAGUAGCAGCCACCACCGGCAGCAGAUUCUUAUUGAUUACUCCAAUGUAAAGUACGAUCUGAAUUUAAAAAACUACAUCUCCAGAAUACUGCGCAUUUACAAACUGAAGGACAACUUUGACUUCGUGAAAGGUCUCCACCUCUACAUGAAUAUUCUCUGCCAUGUCAUUUUUAAAAAAUUCUCGUUCGAAUAUAACAAGAGGGACGCUAAAAAUAAGAACCUCCUGAUAUUCCUGAGGAAGCUCUUCCCCUUUGAGUUCCAAAACUUCCAAGACAUCUAUAACAUGAGAUGGAGCAAAGAUUUCAGCGCCUCUGAAAACGUCCUCACUGGAAUGAACUCCACAAAUACAUUAAACGCAGGAAGUGGAAAUGCCACGAUGAGUGACGCGGGGGCAUCCUAUGGAAGACACAGACAAGGGAAUCACCCAUGCGGGGAUGAGAUGAACGUAAAUCCUUCUCACAUGGAUAACCAAAAGGAGGGUAUACAAUCUGAUAAAUGGGUUAAUAGCGAUCCGUUGCACACACACAGCUUUAGUAAUUCAAGUCUGCAUGUCGAUGUGCAACAUAAUGGCACGCCGCCCAGUUCGUUCGAAUACUCACUACCAAGUGGGGGGUACGCACCCCCUGUGGAAAGUACCAAAUGUGCAGUCACCCCCAAUAUAGCUGCGGCCCACCCAAACGUGUUAGUCAAAACGGAGCCGGAAGACCCCGAUUAUGAUAAGUGCCUUCCGAACGAAGAGGAGGCAACGGAACCAACACAGAUGGAGGACUACCUAAACCAGCACAUAAAGAGAGAACACCCAGUUUACCAAUUCUGUAGACACAAAGAUAUGAACCAAAUUUUAAAAAACAUUUACGAUGGAAGAAGGUUCGAUUAUAGGAUUCGUCUUAGGAGCCUCCUGUCGAAAGGGUUAAGUAACGAGGAGUAUGAAAAAUAUUGUGACAUGAGGGAGAAAUUAUUUAAAUAUAAAAAAAAAAACUUUAUUAAAUGGCUAGCUCAGUUUACUAAUAUUAACACCCUCGAUCUCUUCAUUGUAAAUUUUUUCAUUUUUCUCUUCCUCGAUCGGUUAUACCUUAUUCUUGAGACGUACAUCCGACUCAACUACAACUGCACUGUAGCAUCUGCUUCAUCGAGUGGAUAUUUGUUCGACCGUGUGGAUGAUUUUCUAGACUUCACGCACUUGUUGGAUAGUCUAACUGGUGUGUCUCCUUAUGCGGGGAAAGCAGUCCAAGGGAGCAUCCACCCAAGUGCAAACGAACCGACGGAAGGAAAAAACGACGUAGAAAUGCUCACCAAGCAGUACGAAAACAUCGUGAAGGAGAACCCUCAAAAUUUCUUCCUCUCCCUUGAUUUAAUCUACGACCUAGACAUACACAACUUUAAAAUAAAAAACAAAAUUUCUUUUGAGAGACUAAUCAGGGUGGACAUCUCCUCCUACAUUAAUGAAACGAAUAUUUACGGCCUGAUCCAGUUCGACGAGAAGAAUAGCGAAAGCGCGUGGAAGGCCCUGACGCGCUUCACGCUCAUGCAGAACAGGAACCUAAAGCUGCCCAAGUUCAACUGCUUCUCCAUUUUCCUAAUUGUUCGCUUCAAGUACUACCUAGACGAGUUCAAGCAAUAUGCCAACAUUGACUACAUUUACAAGACAGUAGAGGAGGAAUACCACCAAGUGGAGAAAUAUUUGGCAGAUAAGAAUAACACUCAGGGGGAAGGAGCCAUCCACGUGAUUCCCGAAAAUUGUGCACCUGAUGAGAACACUACUACACCUGCUGCAGCUGGUACAGGUGACCCCGCUAGCGAUAAAGAAUUUGAAUAUAGCCAUUUGAUUCCCUUGUACCUGGACCUCCACAAGGAGUUGAAAAGGGUUAAUGAGUACAUACGUUUUUAUGGGAACCUCCUGUCCUUUGUGAACUUCAUCGAGAAAUAUGCAAACUGCGUCCCCUCCAAGAAUAUCGUGAAGAUAGAACAGGAGGAGGAGGAGAAGAAGGUGGACUACUUCGACCACUCCUUCUUCCUCACGUCUCAUUGGAGGGACAGGCUGAAGAGGGAGUAG